UGCACCAGAAUUUUUCCCAUCACCUGGAGACCAAACAAUUGGAGUCUCUCACUCAGACUACUGUAAAGGUUCUUUGACACACACACAUGCGUAACUUUGACGUCGACGCAGCAGAAGCACCCGGGGCUGGGAGGUGGCGAUCGGAGAGACGCUGCCGGAGCGCACACACAUUGACCGAGCGCGGCGCGCGCACUGACACAGUCGAGGUGCCCACUCUCUCCUCCUCCUCCUCCUCCUCCAUUUGGAUCAACAUCCUCAACUCUUCCUCGCAGUGACUCCCUGCCUCAACACGGGGGGGGGGAAACUCUUCUCGCCUUCAGUCGGACACACACUUUUGCGCCGCGACCCCGGACGCAGUGGCCCGCGACGCAGCGAGCGCGCAAAAGCAUGGAGCCGUACACGGUAGCCGGAGCUCAGCUCUCCCUCUCCGACCUUUACUCCGUGAUCCCCUUCAAUGUCACCUUCCCGGACGAGGAGGGCGGCUUGGUGGGCGGCGGGCUGCACAACUACACCGAGGGGAAGGGUCCGGCGAGGAGCGCCGGGGGCAUCAUCAUCGCCAUAUCCAUCACGGCGCUCUACUCCGUCAUCUGCGUGGUGGGACUCCUGGGCAACGUGCUCGUCAUGUACGGGGUGGUCAGGUACACCAAGAUGAAGACGGCCACAAACAUCUACAUCUUCAACCUGGCUCUUGCCGACGCCUUGGCCACCAGCACGUUGCCUUUUCAGAGUGCCAAAUACCUCAUGAACACGUGGCCAUUCGGGGAAUUCCUGUGCAAGCUCAUCAUCGCCAUUGAUUACUACAACAUGUUCACGAGCAUCUUCACCCUCACCAUGAUGAGCGUGGACCGCUACAUCGCCGUGUGCCACCCGGUCAGGGCUCUGGAGUUCCGCACGCCAAUCAAGGCGAAGAUGAUCAACGUGCUCAUCUGGGUGCUGUCCUCAGCAAUCGGGGUGCCCAUCAUGGUCAUGGCUGUGACCAAAACGGCAGAUAGUGGAAAAACCAUUUGCAUGCUGAAGUUCCCUGACCCUGACUGGUACUGGGACACAGUCACUAAGAUCUGCGUCUUCAUCUUCGCCUUCGUGGUUCCCGUGAUGGUCAUCACCAUAUGCUACGGCCUGAUGAUCCUUCGUCUGCGGAGCGUUCGCCUGCUCUCCGGCUCCAAAGAGAAAGACCGCAACAUGCGCCGCAUAACCCGCAUGGUGCUGGUGGUGGUGGCUGCCUUCAUCAUCUGCUGGACCCCCAUCCACAUCUUCAUCAUCGUGAAGACCAUGGUGGAGAUUGACACCAGGAACCCCCUGGUGAUAGCCAGCUGGCACCUGUGCAUCGCCUUGGGCUACACCAACAGUAGCCUCAACCCUGUGCUUUAUGCGUUCUUGGAUGAAAAUUUCAAGCGAUGCUUCAGAGAUUUCUGCCUCCCCUGUCGCGCCCGCGUGGAGCAGAACAUUCUGACCAGAGGCCGCAACAACACCAGGGAGCCUGUGUCCGUCUGUGCUCCAACGGAAGUGGGGAAGAAGCCGGCAUGACUAGGCAUGGACUGGGUCCCCCAUGGCUCUCGCUCGAGGAGGAUCCAACAAGAUCUGCAAUCAGAGGAAACUCAGAUCUCCACAACAGAGUUUUAAGACAUCUUCUUUGGUAAAGCUAGUUUUCAUAAUACAGGCGAGCCACUUACAGUAUUCUCUCCAGGUUGGUUGACAUACUGGAGAGUCAAAGAACAGCAUUAGUUAUUGGAAAAUAAGUUUCACUCUGAUCUUACUUUUCAUUGGAAGUGGAAUCUUUCUUCACACAGGAAAUGUGAUGCGCUAGGCGAGGUGGUAGGUGAUAGCCCAAAGAGUAAAUUGAUGAAACCAGGUUACAAAACAGAAAAUCCCCAGCUCCUGAUUUGUCUGCCCAGAAGACCAAGAUUCAAGAACACAGGACAUUUUUUGAUGAUGGAAAAAAGGGACACAGAAACACCUGCAGGUUUCUGUCUUGUCAAGCAAAGAAUGCAUCAUUCAGAUGCAACCCAUCAAAGAGAAUUGUACUGAAACAGACAAGUCUCUGUCAGGGUGAAUAAUUUGCAACAGUACGAAACAAUGGCCUCGCCAUGUCAAACUGUCAAGAGACACUUCAUUGUUAAGGUGAUAAAGGAGUAUUUUGAAGGAGAAAAUUAGACAAUAGAUAGAAACAUUUUUUUUUAAAUCAACACGGAACAAAUGAGCCUUACGGAGCAGAACUGGUACCCACUGACAGCCAGGUGAUGGCUUACAGCAUACGGUAGUUUGUUGCACUACAAGGUCAUCCGUUCUCUUAAUGGAGAAGUUGGUAUCUCUUGUUUGGUAUAGUGUGUGAUUUAUUAAUUUAUUUAUUAUUAGUAGUCGUAUUUCAGGGGGAAAAAGGAGCUUGUCUUAUAGUUGUUUUCUCUUUAGCCCAGAGAUGAGGAACCUUUUUCUAAUCAAGGACCAUUUCAAUUUCCAUAAAAUCCAUCAGUGGCCAUACUAAAUUAUAACAAUUAUAACACAACGGCUGCAGAGGCUUCUCUCUGUUUAGGCGUCUGAUGUCAGAUGAAGAUGAUGAUGAUGCUACUCACUGCUGGUUUCAGCCAAACAACUUACUCAAAACAAACAGACACAAUUUCCUCCCUCGUAUAAAUUUGUCAAUGACACUGUGGGUGGUAUUGGUUUCAUCACAAGCCAAUCUAAAUUUAAAUUUCUUGCUGUUUACCACCGUGUUUUUUUCCAUUAACUUCAUUAACUGCCAUAUUAUUGUUGCCCUGCAUCAGUUAGUCAACUGACAGGAGCAAUUGUACAGCUCCACAGUAGGGUUAGGGUUAGUUAUUAGCCUGCUCACAACAAAACUUGCCUUUGCCAAAAAUUUGAGCUACAGAACAUAUGACCAGCUGUAAUGACACUUGAGCUUGGCCUCGGCACACACGGUAAAAAAUUAUUGUCAAGGAAAUAAGUUUACAUUUCUCUUUGAAAUUGCAGCGUUCGGCAUCAUCUUAUACUCUUUUUGACGGUUGCCAUGACUGUCGUCAGCGAUCACAUGUAACAGAUAAGAGUUUGUUUUUCACCCUGACUGGCAAACAGCCAGAAGCGACCGCCCUGAAAGAGACAGUGGUCUACUUAUUUAUGUUAUUUCUAUUAUAUCACAGAAAAAAAAGGAUCCUCUCAAGAUUUUUUUGUUACCCCUGAGUCGCUGGAGGUUCCCCACCCCUGAUUUAGAGUGAUGUCAAGGUCUGCCGCCUUACACCACUGGCAGCUCCGUUGAAAGAGAAACUCGGGGCUGUCGUUGAAGGAACCAUAAUCAAUCCGGCCAUGCGGGUUUUUCGUGCUCAGACAGAAAACUCCACCAACCGCCGAAGCUCAGAUUUCUACGGAAUCCUUUUCUGCUCACGCGUUUUCGACUUUCACGGCGGACGUCGGGCCCCGCAGAGAGCCUCUGAGCAGAAGGACAAAUCUGCCACUGACAAAACCCUGUCGGCAGCUUCAACGCUUCACUCGCCUGAUGGGUUGAUGGUUUACAAAACAAAGCACACGCCUCAACUUUGACUGAGAGAAGCUCCCUCGCAGUGUAAAUCACAUUGCGGACACCCGUCGAUGGAUUACGUGAAAUUAAUGACCAGCUCAAGUUUGCAUAACAGAGGAGCCACGUCAGCAGAGUUGAUUGGUGUCGCUCUCGUGCGGAACUAUUUUAAAGGCUGAAAACAGUUGAGUUUACAUGCGUUGACAAGUAAAUAUGUCAGAAUAUGUUCUGUUAUGUCUGUUGAAUGUGAAGUUGGCAAUGUGGAACGGGUGAAGCACAUCCAAACGGAAUAUGAAUAUGAAAGGAGAUCAAUGAAAUUGGAAGUUAUCAAAUGAGAAUUUGUAGAUAGCAUUAAGCUUUUGCAUUGAAACUAAUUCCGCCACAAAAUGACUCUAAGGUCAACCUGUAAUUCUGUGUGCUUUCUUUAAUGAUCUCAUUAAUUCAGCGCAGUGCUUUUGGCGCAAAUGAAAAAAAUGAAUGAGUUUUCAGCUGUUAGUUUCAGAUUGGAUCCAGAGACGGAGACUGCUGCGUGCGGAGGGAGACUCAACAUUUUUUCCAGUGUGACACAUUCCUGAAUAUUUUCUUACAAUGACAGUGGUGAUGAUGAAGCGCACCGUACUGUAUAUAACCUCGCUCUGCUUAGCUUUGACCAAGUGCUGCCUCUGUCCGGUGUGAAUGAUACCUCUAAUUAUUUGCAAAAUGGACUUAUAUAAGUGCAAAAUGUAUAUAUUUUGCUUGAUUAAAGUUACGGAAAGAUCUUGUGUUACAACAAAUAAAAAGCUCCUUCCUGCAUUGGCACUUAGCGUUGGCAUUGUUUGGAAAUGUCCAACACGGAUUGGACUCCAGGGGGUAACGCGCUGAGACGGAGUAACGAUUUGGAAACAGGAUUUGGUUUUGAUAGAAACACCUUACUUUUUUUUUGUCAAUUACCUCACGAGUGUUUGCUGACAGCCAUGUGAUUCUCUGUAGUUGGUCAUUAGGUCCCUUGUUUUAUCGUGUUCAAUUAAUUAAGUGUCGCUGAUUUCAUCAGAUUUCAGUUGGUGAAUUUACAAGGCGCGUGGCGGAAGAUGGUCGGAAGAGCAGAGGCUGUGUGCCCGACUGAUUACGAUCAGUGUUAAAGAAGAGUUCAUUCUCCUGAUUGCCCCUUUAAUCUGCUCCGCGCUCACGCGCUUCUUUUUGUAUCUUUGUCAUUCACCUCGCAUCAACUUUGUCAUCUACUGUUUUUCUAUUUCGAUAUGCAACUGCUUCACAUUGUAAACUCAAUACUGAAACGCCUGUGUGAAUAUAAAUAACUGUAUAUUUGUGUAAGAUGCUCAUUUGUUGUACAGCCAAUAACCACGGUACUGUGUGUGGGGCGAUUGUGCUGAUAACACUUGACACAACACUCUUUUCCUCUGCUGUGUUGACGACGUAUUCCUUCUUAGCUUGUCCUUGUGCAUCUGUUGUAGAAAACAUUGCUUACGUUUGAAAGCCGAACUCAGAUUGCUGGCGAAAAUAAAAUAAAGACUCGGAGAGAGAAAAUUG